UUAUUUUUUCUCUUGUGGAAGUAGAAGGGAGCUAGUAAUACUUUAUGAUGCCAACAACUCCGCAUCCAGUUUACACUCAUCUUUAUGUAGCUUAGAGCUUAAAAAAGGAGGAGAAGAAGAGAUUUGCACACGUCUAGCUCCCAUCUAAAAGGAUUUACCUAGUUGCGAGAAAAAAAGAUAUGAUACUAGGCAUAGCAGAAGAAGGAUUGGCAAUGGCAUUAUCCUCAACAUGUCCCUCCAGCACAACUUUUUUAGGUGGUCGAGCUAUAGACCGCUGCAAUCCCAUUAUCCGAGAUGCAAGGAGACUCGGCAAAGUAGUGCAGAUGAAUACUACAGACACUGAACCACCUUCCCCUCCUCCUCAACCAGCUACAGACCAAAAUUUUGUGAACAGCAUGAAUGAUAUUAUUCAUCAGACUGAGAAGAAGAAGAAGAAGAAGAAGGCGCAUAUGAUAUCUUCAUUGAAGAAGGAAAAAAAGACUAAUAGUAGUGCAGAUUGUGCUGGCAAAAUGGUAAACAAGACUGGUAGUACUAGUAAGGUUGCUACAGAUGAUUAUGAGAUUAUUGUCGAUAGCCCUGGUGAUUCUUCAAGGUACUUGUUGACUACUACUAAUAGUAGUAGUACUCGUGAAAUGAAAUCAUUUGUAUAUUCACAACGAUUUGAUCCUCGAUUGGCUAUGGUGGAACAAUCUUCGGCUACCUCUUCCUUUUCUUCUCCAGUAACUUCUUCCCCUGCCUCUGCAGCUCCCAACCACCAGGUAGUAGUUCUUCGUGUGUCUCUUCAUUGCAGAGGAUGCGAAAGAAAAAUGAGGAAACAUAUAUCCAAAAUGGAAGGAGUAACAUCUUUUAACAUAGACUUUGCUGCAAAGAAGUUGACAGUUGCUGGAGAAGUGACACCGUUAUCUGUGCUGGCUAGUGUCUCGAAAGUGAAGAAAGCUCAACUCUUGACAUCACCGGCUCCAACAACGUCCUCCUCAACAAUCCCGUCUUACUCAGAUCAGACUAUAUCACCAAUUAGCCAAGACAAGGUGAUAAUCGUCUGAGUUGGGUGACAAUUCAGGUUUCGGCCUUGUUUAAGUGUUCUUAAACGUGUAUAUAAGUUUUAGAGAGAAUAAAAUUUUGAUAACAGUCACGUAUUUGGUUAGUAAAGGUAUGUUUCUGAUCAAUUUUUACACUUGUUCAUGUAAAUUGUGCUAAUAAUCUGUCACUUUAUUUUAAGAAUUCUAAAAGGGAAUUUUUUUAAUAAAAUAUAUCUUUUUUAUUCAUAACUCGCCAAACUGAUUAAAUCUUCGAUUAAUAUGGUCACUCGUCAAGUAAACACGCAAAUAAAAGGACCCUCGUUUAAGUGUGACACGGGCCUGCAUACAAGUUCAUACGGUCACUCGUCAAGUAAACAGUGAAGGGCUAGAGUCAACUUAUUUGAGAGGUUAUGAGCCAGUUGGCCCAGGUCUACAAAGGUGGCUACUUUGCUUUAUUUGUUUAUAAAUUAUUAGGUGACCGAACAUGGACCAGUUGUGGGUCUAAUUUGGACAAACCCAGGUCAAAUGUUGGAACUUUCCUAUCCUCUAGUAGAUGCUAAAAUGUCAAGGUAUCACAUUGUUACACAUUUGAAUACAUGAAAGAGAGGACUAAGCAACCAAGCACAUACUAAUGAAACACACACCAUGUUCUUCUCUUUUUUCUUGCCAUUUUUCAUAUCUUUACUCAUAACUUGUGCUGCAAUUGAUAGUAUAAACUCAACUCAUCCUUUAAGAAAUGGAGACACCAUUGUUUCAGCCCGGGGAGAGUUCGAAAUGGGCUUUUUCAGCACCCCUGGCCUUCCACAGAAUCGAUAUUUUGGUAUAUGGUACAAGAAAAUUUCAAGCAACACAGUUGUGUGGGUAGCUAACAGAGAUAGUCCAGUAACAAAUACUUCUGGUGUAGUGUCUGUGACUAGUCAAGGGAUUCUUGUACUUAAUGGAACAAAGAUGAUAUGGUCAUCAAAUUCAUCAAGAUCAGUGAGUAAUCCUAUAGCGCAGUUACUGGAUACAGGGAAUCUUGUUUUCCGGGAUGGAAAUAAUAUCAUCUGGCAAAGUUUUGAUCAUCCUGUGGAUAAUUUUCUGCCAGGGAUGAAAUUCGGGAUAGACUUGGACUCGGGGUUGCAGAGAUAUUUUACUUCUUGGAAAAGUGUCGAUGAUCCGUCUACUGGAAAGUUUACUUAUCGGACUGAUCGUGGUGGUUACCCUCAGUCAUUGUUGUGGGAAGGAUCAAAAGUUACGUACAGGACUGGACCGUGGGUUGGGAGUGGAUAUAGUGGUUUCCCAAAGCAGGAUUCAACUGAAUUAUACAGAAUUGAAUAUGUUAUAUCACCAAGGGAGAUAUACUAUAAGUUUGAUCUUAAUGAUAAUUCUGAAUCUGCUAUUACUAGGUUGGUGCUGACUCCUAAUGGCGAUACACAACGGCUGAUUUGGAAUAAGCAGACUCAUGUGUGGUCAGUUUAUCUGUCUUAUCGGGUGAAUGAUUGUGAUGAUUAUGAAUUUUGUGGAGGAAAUGGUAUUUGUAACAUUAAUAGUUCCCCUAGAUGUGAAUGUAUGAAAGGGUUUCAUCCAAAGUUUCAAGAAAACUGGGACACAGCAGAUUGGUCUGGUGGAUGUGCUCGAAACACUCAGCUGGAUUGUAAGAAAGGAGAUGGUUUUAUCAGGGUUUCGGGUGUCAAACUGCCAGACACGCGACUCUCCUGGUAUAACACGACUCUGACCCUGCAGGAUUGUAGAAAAUUGUGCUUGAGCAACUGCAAUUGUACGGCAUAUUCAAAUACAGAUUUUAGAGGUGGGGGAAGUGGAUGUUUGCUGUGGUUUGGCGAUCUGGCUGAUAUGAGAGGCUACUCAGACGACGGACAGGUUUUGUAUGUGAGAAUGGCUGCCUCUGAUUCAGACAGCACAGAGGAAAGCAAAAAAUCAAGUACAAGUAGGGUGGUGGUCAUUGUGAUUCCUUUGUUAGCAGCAGUGACAGUGAUACUAGUCCUGUUACUUCUUUACGCCUUCAGGAAGAGAAAGCUGAAAAGGAAAGGAGUACUAAGACUUGAUGGCGAGGCAACAAACAAAAUUGGGAAGAACGAGUUGGAUUUACCUUUGUUCACCAUCUUGCAAAUUGCUAGAGCCACCAAUGGCUUCUCGUCUGACAACAAGCUUGGAGAGGGUGGCUUUGGACCUGUGUACAAGGGUAUGUUGGACAAGGGUCAAGAGAUUGCUGUAAAGAGGCUAUCAAAAACUUCAAGACAAGGAAUAGAGGAAUUCAUGAAUGAAGUUUCGUGCAUCGCUAAACUUCAGCACAGGAAUCUUGUGAAACUUCUUGGAUCCUGUGUUGAACAAGGAGAAAGAAUGUUGGUCUAUGAAUAUAUGCCCAACAGAGGUUUAGAUUCUAUAAUUUUUGAUACAGAACUAUGCAAGUCAUUUGACUGGCUGAAGCGCUGCAACAUUAUAAACGGGAUUGCUAGGGGACUACUCUACCUUCACGAGGACUCCAGGCUAAGAAUCAUUCACAGAGACCUUAAAGUCAGUAAUAUUUUACUUGAUCACGAGAUGAACCCUAAAAUUUCAGAUUUUGGCAUGGCUAGAAUUUUUGGAGGAAGUGAAACUGAAGCAAGCACAACAAGAGUAGUUGGAACCUACGGUUAUAUGCCUCCUGAGUAUGCCAUUGAAGGUCUAUUCUCAACUAAAUCCGAUGUUUAUAGCUUUGGCGUUUUGGUGCUGGAGAUAGUAAGCGGGAAGAGAAACAGAGGUUUUAAACAUCCCGCCCACAAUCAUAACCUUCUUGGACAUGCUUGGAGAAAAUACAAUGAAGGGAAGCACUUGGAUGUUGUAGACCCGGCGAUCAUGGAAUCAAGUAAUCACUAUGAGUUGUUUCGAGUGAUUCAAAUAGCUCUGUUGUGUGUGCAACAGUAUCCAGAAGAUAGACCAAGCAUGUCAUCUGUGGUUCUGAUGCUCAGUAGUAAAAUCGAAUUGACUAUUCCAAAAGAGCCUGGCUUUUACUCCGAGAGAAAUCCUGAACAGAAUCAUUCUUCAUCAAGCAAAUGUGACUCUGAAUCAGUUAACGAAAUUAGUAUCACACGUCUCACACCAAGAUAGUUGUGUACUUUUAGUAAUUUUUGUGUAUAUCAGUUUACUGGAGUUUUGAAUUAGAUUUUGUUUUUUGGAC